GCAAGCACGGAGAGGAGCUAGUACUCCACAGCCUCGGCUUCCUUCUCGCCUCCUCCCCGCUGGGGGUUGGAGACUGUGAAUUGAUGGACCUGCUCUCCUGCAGAGAUUCUGUCCUCGCCGAGCACAGUAUCGGCAGCUUCUCUCCUCCCCAGAAGAGGCUCCCUAGAGCCCGAUGGGCCUCCUUGAAACUUGACCUGCUCGCUCUCUCCCUCCUCCUCGAAGUCUCCUCCCCUGCUGGAAGGGUCUGGACCCUGAGCCAUCUGGUGCUGGAAAGGAUCCUGGAGGACAGAGUGGUAGGGGAGAAGACGCUAGCUUCCUCCCUCAGGGUCUUGAAGAGCAUGUACACGGGGGAGCUGACCGAGGACAUGGGAGGAAGGAUAAUAAUGCAGCGCGCGCACGAGGACACGCUGGGAGGAGGAGGGAUCAACAGGAGGAAGCUGCAUCUGCUUCCUCUUCUCCUCCGCAAGCUCAUCAGAGCUGAAGGAGGGCACUGGGCCGACAAGCUUGCUUCCUUCUUGAGCAACCCGAGCUUCAUGGAGCAGAAGCGGCGCUGUGGGAAGGAAGAGGAUGUGGUGGAGGAGCUUGCAGCAGGGGUGUGGAGCAUAGCGACUAUGAGGGGUUCGAAGAAGUCUUUCGUUGACAGCUGCGUGAACAAGCUGCUGGCCAUCGCACGGCAGCAGGAGAUGCGCGGGACGUUCUCGAUGACCACGUCCGGGCCCAGCAGGAAAAUCGUCGGGACCAAACUCUGCCUGCUGGAGUGGGAGGUGGAAAGAACUUCCCUGCUGUGCCUCCAGCUGAAGAAAAACCUCCUCACUCGCUCGCACGACCCGAGCAUGGCGACGCUCGGAUCACUUCCUGACAUCCCGUCCGUGACGAAACUGCGAGAGGAGAGACAAAAG